AUGAAAUCAUUGGCUAAAGAAUGGGUCAAAUACUGUCCCACAUGUCAGGCAAAUUGUUGCCCCCACACUCCAGUCAUCUCCCUGAAACCUUUAGACAUCCCACCUUUCCCUUUCCACACAAUCUCCUACAACUUCAUCACUGGAUUCCCCAAGUCACAAGGCCACAAUGCAAUACUGGUGAUAAUAGAUAUGUUUUCCAAGUUUGGUCACCUUAUCCCCACAUCCAAAAGGGUAUCAGAAAAAGGACUGGCAGAACUGUUUGUCACACACAUCUGGAAACUCCACAGAUUAUCAGUCAGGACAAUUUUGGACAGAGGCACACCAUUCACAGGAAAAUUCUUAUGGGCACUCUAUCAAAGACUAGGAAUCAAACUGGCCUUCUCUUCUGCUUAUCAUCCAGAGUCAGACAGACAAAUCAAGAGAAUCAAUCAAUUCAUUGACUUCUACUUAAGGUCAUACAUUGCUGCCAACCAUUCCAAUUGGACCACAUGGCUCCCCUUAGCCAAAUUUGCUUAUAACAAUGCCAAGCACUUGGCAACAGGGAAAACCCCAUUCAAACUAGUCUUUGGAAGAAACCCUGUCAUGAGACCUAUGGAAGUACCAGCAAAUGUCCCAGAAGCAGAUCAGGUUGCUGACACCCUGGUACACAAAUGGAGGGAGGCAGAGGCUGCACUUAGACUCUCCAAAGAGAGAAUGGCAGGAGGGAAGGGCUCAAGCCCAGAAUACUCAAUUGGCAAGAAGGUCUGGCUAGAUGGAAAAAACAUCCAAAUCCAGUCUAACUCAAACAAACUGGACCCAAAGUGCCUAGGACCUUUUGAAAUCCUGGAGAAGAUAUCAUCACACACCUACUGCCUAAAACUCCCCAAAACCAUGAAGAUCCAUGACAUGUUCCAUAUUGGUCUCUUGUCUAAAUCCCAUGAAUCCCCAAACCAACUGUUUCCUGAAAGACCCCCUCCUGAAACAAUAGAAGGGGAAGAGGAGUAUGAGGUAGAACAAAUUAUAGACACCAAAAGACAAAAAGGAAAAUGGUUCUACCUCAUCAAAUGGAAAAGAUAUGGCCCAGAAGAUAAUUCCUGGGAGCCCAAGGAGCUAUUGGAAAAUGCCCAAGAAGAGAUUGCACACUUCAACAAAGCACAACUGAAAAAGGCUUAUGUCUCCACCAAAAGCCUUUAA